AUUUUGAAGAAAGUAUGAAACCUAAGUCUAUUGGAAAAGUUUUAAAACUAAUAGCAGAAUCAUACUCAAAUUUGAAGUAUGUUAAUAUAUCUGCUUUAGAGUUUUCUGAAAUAUUAAUUUGCAAUAAUAUUCGUUUUAGUCCAAGACUCCAACAUCUUGAUAUUAGUUUUUGUAAAAUUACUGAUAUAACUAUUGGAGAAAUUGUUAGAUUUUGUUCCAAUUUAAAAUAUCUUAAUCUAAGAGGGUAUUAUAAAAUUAGCAAAAAGACUAUAGAUCAGCUCAUUUUACUUAAUCUGAAUAUCUAUAUUGAUAAUUUUGUGAAAACUCUAACACCUUCUAGUCUCAUUAGAGUGGUUAGAAAACAUCUUACACAAAACAACUUUGCUAGUAAACAUGAUUUUUUCUUAAAGCCUUCAGAAUCUUUUAGAUUUAA